ACAGUGGGGGUUGGAGGGGGCGUUUAUUUUGGGAGAGAAAAACAGAUAAAGAGUAAGACCAGGAUUAAUGUCCAGGGGUCAGGGAUGUAGGCCUCAGCCUCCCUGGUGGCUCCCUGGCCAGCGACCUUGGCCUGAGUUCUGAGGAGGCUCAGGAAUCCGAGGGGUGUGGAAGGCGAGGUCAGGGGGGCCUGGCAGGGCAGAGUAUACCCUCUCCCCACUGGCCUGGCUGCCACAUUCUUCCAGGGGAUAACACUGCUGUCCCUGUCUCCAUACCCCAAGGCCCAGGCUGACACCUGCGUCUGGUCCUGUCCUGUCACACCUGCCCACCCACCUCCCCCCUCUGCCAACCUUGCCCAUAGCACCCCACCUUGCCUGGUGCCACCCUGGCCAUCACCUCUUUAGUGUGCUGCAGCCACAGGCAGUUGGCUCCCUGACCAUCCUUCCUAACUAAGGACACCAUGAGUCCAGUCCCUCCCACCCCCCGGGGCCCAAAAGUGUCCCCCCCCCCUCUCCCCGCUCCUGGAGACUAUCAUGGCUGAAGGGCUUGAUGCUCCCCACCCCCUCCUGCCACUUACUGGAUAACAUUCCUGAUUGUCCUCCCACCAGCACCUAGAUCCCACGGCCCCUCCUGUGCACCAGGCUCCCCUAGGCACUGGCACUCAGCAGUAAUCAAGAUAGCUCUGUCCUUGCCCUCAGGAGACUGGUCUCUGGUGUAGACAGUGGUCUGGUCUGGUCCCCAGUUGCUCACCACCUUGCCUCCAGGCAGCACUCACCUGGUGUUGCAUAACCAGCAAUCCUUGCAGUCGUCUUAUUAGGGAGGAACAGUUCCAGCUGUUUCCAGCUCACCCCAGCACUGCCCCUCCAUGGAGCCCGCCUGGGCCUGCUCUGCCCCACCAGCUUCCUUCUGGCUCGGCUUCUCCAGGGCUGCAUCUUGUGCACAGUCCCAUGACGUAUCUGGCCUGGAGGUGCGAGCUCCCUCUGAUCCUCUGACUCCAACUGGAUGUCCAACAGUUAAUUUCUGGGGCUGGCAUCACACCCACAGCUUAAGCUGCUCAGUCCCACAAGACUGCCCCCCACCCCACUUCAGACACCAGCCACAAGUCCCCGGCCACCCAUACUUCUGAACAACUGGCUAUAAAUUGGGGUUUCAGACAACCCCCGUAGGUUUGGUAAUUUUCCAGAAUGGCUCAGUGUUCAGAAAACCACUUCCAACAGCCAGAGGGAGGAGAUGCAAAGGGCAGGUAUGGAGACUAGCACAGGGCUUCCCUGCACGUUGUGUGUGCCACCUCCCCAGCACCUCAUGUUUUCACCGGACUCCGUUGUUUAGGGGGGUUAUGGAUGCUGCAUUACAUAGGGUGUGAUUGAGGAAAUCACUGGCCACUGAUCAAACUCAAGCUCUGCCUAGGAUCCGGGACAAAACCCAGAUACUUAUACCAUAUUCUCCGUCCCCCGCCCUGAGGUCUGCCUUGGUUCCCCACACCACCUUCCUUCCCCUCCCCGGCUGCCUUUUCCUCUGCUCCUGAAUGCACUCCCCCAGGUUUUUGUCUGGGCAGCUCUUCACAUCUCUUGAUAAGAGAUGUCUUCAGAUCUGAAGACCCCUCCUAGCAGCCACCUCCUACAGGCAGCCUGCCCUGACCAGCCCUCCCUCCGAGUUCCCUCCAGCUGGGGAUGCUCUAGUCCAGCGGUCACCAACCUUUCGGAUCUCAUGGAUCACCAGUGGUCCGCGGACCACCGGUUGGCGACUGCUGCUGUGGUCCAUUACCAACUUCCCCACCUGGGGGCCCUUUGAGAGCAAAGCCUGGGGCCAGUCUUAGAGUCCUACCCCCCAUCCCCACAAGCUCAGGCCCUGACCAUGUUUCCUGCGAAUGUUCCCAGCUAUUCACCUUUUGGGCCAACUCCAGUGGUGGAAACUUUUCAGCCAGAGGAGGCUGCUUGUUUUGGAAAGUUCCUGGGGGAGCAACCCUCGCCUGCCCACCAGUUCCCACGCUCCCUUAUCACACGGUGCUAGCAGGAUGCAGUGGUGUGCAAGCCUAGCUCCUCCCCAGCUGGCUGACCGGGUCCUUCCCAUUCCCAUUUCUCCCAUACCCACCCAACAGCCACCCUCCCCAGCCUGGCCCUGCCAAGUCCUGCUACAGCUGGGGAACCAGAACCGUCGUGAUCCAGGACCCCCAUCCCCACCCCCCUGUGAGCCGUCAGAGGUCCCUGUGCUUGGCUAUUACUGAGGGAGGAAGGGGAGGCAGCCUGGGCUGGAAGAAUGUCUGGCUUUGAGGUACAGUCCUAGCUCAGUCUUCUGCCUCAGUUUCCCCAGUAGUAUCUCGGACCCAGGGACACCCACCCUCUUAGGCCCAGCAACCCUGUCUUGUAACUGGGGCCUGGUGCUCACAUGCAGCCUUAAUGUCCUCUUUUGUGAAAUGGAGCUAAGAGGCUGGGCUCCCUAACAGGCUGUGGUGAGAAGUGAAUCCACGCACCCCGUGCUGGGGCCGGGGUCUAUAGCCCACGUAAUGCCCGCCAGCGCCUGGCGGGGCGGACGAAUGAUAGCCUCCUGGGCCGUGCGCUGUAGGGCCUCGAACCCGAGUCCAAGGCCACUGCCGGCACUCCCCCACCCCCUCCCCAGCGCGGGAGGAGCGAGAGGCGGGGUGAGGGCGGGGCCUCGGCUCUUUUCUUUAGAGUUCGAGCGCCCGGAGCGGUGGCACCGCCUGUCUGAACCGACUCUGCGCCGUCCGCUCGGCUUGUUCUCGAGUUCCCGCUGACUUCCUGCCAACCCCCUACCCCCAGCUCGCUGCGAUGGAGGCUGCAGCACAGUUUGUGGUCGAGAGCCCCGACGUGGUCUACAGCCCCGAGGCCAUCGAGGCGCAGUACGAGUACCGGACGACAAGCGUCAGCCGCGAGGAUGGCGUCCUCAAGGUACACCCCUCAGCCACGCGCUUCACCUUCCGGACCGCCCGGCAGGUGCCCCGGCUCGGGGUCAUGCUGGUCGGCUGGGGCGGCAACAACGGCUCCACGCUCACCGCUGCCGUGCUGGCCAAUCGGCUGCGCCUGUCCUGGCCCACCCGCACGGGUCGUAAGGAGGCCAACUACUACGGCUCGCUGACGCAGGCAGGCACCGUUAGCCUGGGCCUAGACGCUGAAGGCAAAGAGGUGUUCGCGCCCCUCCACGCGCUGCUGCCUAUGGUGUCGCCGGACGACCUCGUGUUCGAUGGCUGGGACAUAUCUUCGCUGAAUCUGGCUGAGGCCAUGCGGCGCGCGAAGGUGCUAGAUUGGGGGCUGCAGGAACAGCUGUGGCCGCACAUGGAGACCCUGCGCCCAAGGCCCUCCGUCUACAUCCCAGAGUUCAUCGCCGCUAACCAGAGCGCGCGUGCGGACAACCUCAUCCCUGGCACGCGCGCGCAGCAGCUGGAGCAGAUCCGAAGGGACAUCCGCGACUUCCGGUCCAGCGCGGGGCUGGACAAAGUCAUUGUGCUGUGGACAGCAAACACGGAGCGCUUCUGCGAACUGGUCCCAGGCCUCAAUGACACCGCAGAAAACCUGCUGCGUACCAUUCAGCUAGGUCUGGAGGUGUCGCCCUCCACACUCUUCGCUGUGGCCAGCAUCUUGGAGGGCUGUGCCUUCCUCAAUGGGUCCCCACAGAACACUCUGGUGCCCGGCGCACUCGAGCUCGCCUGGCAGCGCCGUGUGUUUGUGGGCGGAGAUGACUUCAAGUCAGGCCAGACCAAGGUCAAGUCUGUGCUGGUUGACUUCCUUAUCAGCUCCGGCCUCAAGCCCAUGUCCAUCGUGAGCUACAACCACCUGGGCAACAACGACGGGCAGAACCUGUCGGCGCCGCCGCAGUUCCGCUCCAAGGAGGUGUCCAAGAGCAAUGUGGUAGACGACAUGGUGCAGAGCAACCCGGUGCUCUAUGCACCCGGCGAGGAGCCUGACCACUGCGUGGUUAUCAAAUAUGUGCCAUAUGUGGGCGACAGCAAACGCGCAAUGGACGAGUACACGUCGGAGCUGAUGCUGGGCGGCACCAACACGCUGGUGCUGCACAACACCUGCGAGGACUCGCUUCUGGCCGCGCCUAUCAUGCUGGAUCUGGUGCUGCUGACAGAACUGUGCCAGCGCGUGAGCUUCUGUACCGACUCAGACCUGGAACCCCAGGGCUUCCACCCGGUGCUCUCCCUGCUCGGCUUCCUCUUCAAGGCGCCACUGGCUCCACCAGGCAGCCCUGUGGUCAACUCACUCUUCCGACAGCGCAGCUGCAUUGAGAACAUCUUCAGGGCCUGCGUGGGGCUUCCGCCGCAGAACCACAUGCUUUUGGAGCACAAGAUGGAACGCCCCGGCCUCAAGCACAUGAGGCAUGUGGCCAGUGCCAGCCUCCAGUCUUCCAAGAAAGAACUGGCACCGUCGGCCUCCAACAACUGUACUGGUGAUGCCAACGGGCACUUGCAGGUUGAGGCACCUUGAUGCACACCACCUGAGGCAGUGGCCAUACAGUUCCCAGCAACUCCUACCCCUCUGCCCCUCUGAAUCCACCCUUCCAGGCCUCCCAAAGACAAUAAAGACAUUGCCAGUAUCAA